AUGCUGAGGAAAAUUAACGCCGUUUUCCGUCCCAACAACGGGCAAAAAUGUCGGGGCGGCUUCAGGUCAGAGGACUAUCACAACGCGUGCACAGUGAAGCUGGUGCGCAGUACGUCGAUGCUUGUUGUGGGAGAACGGCGACAAAGAACGGUGGAUUCCACGCUGAAACGCAGCAAAAGUUCCGUGAACGUCGAGUCGACCACAGCACUGUACUACUACCACAGACAAGAGGACCGGAUUUGGCUGUAUUCUCAGAAUCAGGACUGCCUUAAGUAUUUGGAGGACUUGGUGGCGUUAAGAAGACAGUAUACCAACAGUGUGAACAAUUUGAAAAGCAAAGAACCGAAAGCAACGGUCUCUUCCAAAAAGAAGCCGCCACCUCCGCCGCCCCGCAACAGUCAAGCGCAGACGUCAAGAGCCAAAGGAACUGCGCCUCCGAUUCCCACCGAAGAGGACACUCUGGAGUUUUUUGAUGCUGUUAUUGCCAGUUGUGACCCGGAGCCCAAACGGAAAUCUAACGUGGACGAUGGACACGCUGACGUUGAUUUCAUUGUCGCCACCAGCACCAGCGAACACGACCUCCACUCCAAUUGGAUGCUGCGUGACCCCAGGAGGUUCUCUGCAGACCAGGCCAGGGUGACGAAACCAGACCGCGACCGUGACGACGACCGGGAUCGCGCAAAAAACAAGCGCGGCGAGAACGGAACCGGGAGCAGCAGGAAGCAGCUGCAGAGGAACCCCAUCCACUUACCCAAAGUGGUGGAGAGCGCCUUUCAGACUCUGCGCUUCAAACCCAAACUGAGAAAGAAGGACUAA